CGGGCUACCAGCCCCACCCCGCAGGUCUCCGAACCGGGCUGCUCCUCCUCCUGGGGUCUCUCUUAGCCGAACCGGGCAACCUUCGGAGCUGAGACCGCGCCCGGACUGUCCCCCUUCCCCGGAGCCGAACCCCAAACCGGGCUGCUCCCCUUUCCUGAACCCGGCAGCUGCCUCUCCGAGCCGAGUCGUCCCACCUGGCUCUCCCCCUUCCCAGACCACUGCGCGACCCACCUUCCCGAAUCCGUCUGAAACUCCCUGUGGGGACCUGUGUCCCUGUGACUCCACUAAAUUGCCCCUCACCGGACCCUCCUCUCCCGCCGGGGUCUGUCCUCCCGUUCCCCGCUCCCGCACCGGGCUGUGGCCCCGCUCCGUGCACCGGGCUCCGCUCCCGCUUCUCCGCUCGGUCUGCCCUCCCCGCCGAUGCCCGCACCGAGCUGCCCCGCUUCCCCUCCCGGUCCCCCGCGUCGGGCUGCCUACCCCCGCCGCCUCCCCGGUUCCCCGGGCAGGUGCCGGUGCCGCCGCGGGGCGGGCGGUGGGUGCCCCGAGCUGCGGUCGCGCACGGCCGCCGCACGCACACGCACACACACACACACGUACGGGAGGCACACACAUGCACUCACAUGCACACGCCCGGGUGCACACCGGCACCUGCUGUGCACGUACCCCGGGCAGCAGAGACCCCUCUGUGCACCCCUCCCGAAGAGCCGGGACCCUCCGUGGGCACCCCGGGGGGCUGCGUGGGGAGGGGCUUUGGAGAGGACAGAGCAGCACGGUGGGUUUUAUAUGGGGUCUGCCUGGAGGACGUGCCCCCCACAACCAGCAGUUCCCUGUGGGACCCGAGGUGGAGCUGGGCUGGGGACACUGGGGCUGCAGCAUGAGCAUCCCUAGAGUCAAAGACAGCAGGGAGAGGUCCCAUAUGGAUGUUGCCCAGCCUAUCCCAAAUUCCCAGGGAAAGUGGGGGUUGACCUGGGUUUGGGCCAGGUAUGAUAUGCCCCAGCCUGGGACAGAGGAGCUCCUGGCCCCUGCGGUUCCACCACAAUCCCACUGCAGUCCCAUGAGAUAAUGCCCUCCUUCUCACACACACACACACAGACACACACAAGUUAUUUGUUCCAGUUUUCUCAGAGCAUUCAUAUCAGUGCCUGCACUCUUCUUCUCCCUGACCUGGCACCAGAACCAGGCACGUGCCCCAGAAGUGACCUGCUGGCAGCCACACACUUUCCCUCAUUUAUUAAUAUUUGGAGCAGUGCCUGGAGAUGUGGAUAUAAAUCCCAAGCAAUAGCGGGUGGGCUGCUGACAGCUGCUGGGAAGGUUUGUCCGUCACUUUGCCAUUCCCUUCAACACCUUCACAUGCUUUCAGCAUCUCCAGAAGCACACCCAGUGCUGUGGGCGCUGGGUGACCUCCGUGCUGGGGCUGCAGGGAUGCCACUUGUGCCCUGCACCCUGUCCCCAUUAUGUCCUGAACCCUGUCCCCAUACACAGUGUAUUCCUCUGCAGCUACACUGGGCUCUGCAUUAUCCAUAGUGUCUGUGCACUGCUCUGUGUGGAGAUGUCAGGUGGGAGUCUCUUGCCACCUGUGUCGUGACAGGGCAGGGAGUCAGAUACAGCUAAAAUGGAUAAAAAAGGGUCAGAGAGUUUUAGAGCAUGCCACACAAAUAAAGAAGUGUGUUUGUGUUUUCUGAGGGCUGGAUGGUGCAACACGAUCCAGGCUCAGCACCUAUCCAGGACAGUGUCCAUCCAUGAUGCUGACUGGAACACUCAAGACCAACACAUGGCACCUCUCAGUCUCUGAGCUGCAGCAGGGCCAUGGAGCUGCCAUGGGAGAGGGCUUGGAACGAGGUGAUCUCUAAGGUAUCUUCCAAUCCAAACCAUUCUGUGACUUUGUGACUUUAUGAAACAGAGGCUUCCCAGCAAAGUGUCCCCAGAGAUGUAGCCAGAAGUGGGAUGAGAAAGAAACAGAAUUAAAAAUAAAUGGAAGUGCAUCCUGACACGCUAACUACAUUUAGAGAGUCUUUAGUACCAACCCACUCUGCAGGAAGGCAGGAGAUUCUUGGAGACAAGUAGGUCAUGGGACACAGAUUGUCCCAAAUCAGCAGGAAAAGAUGGAUUUGGAGCAGGCAGGCAUAUCACUGUGAACAGAUGGGCAGAAGCAGAUCUGCUGCCUCACCAUCGCCAAAUUCCCUGGGAAGACAGAACUGCCACCAGUUUGCUCCUGAGUAGAGCUGUGGUCAAGCCCUCUGUUCUGAAGCACCCAAGCCCUGUGGCUGUCCGUGCACCCAGGGAUGCCAAGGCCAGGAGUCUGGCCAGGAUGGGGAUUUUUGGGGCAGAAGCCAGAGGCACUCAUGCUGUGGCUCCCACCUGCCUUCAUACAGGGACAUGGCAGAGCCUGCCAUGGGGUCAGGGCUCCAUGCUGCCCGGGGGGCUGCUCCUGCACCCCAAUCCCACAGCAAUGCUCGAGAGGCCAUCUGUGAGGGAUGAGGUGGAGGGAUGUGUCCUGCUGGCAAUUGCUGUUUGCAUUGUGCUGCCCCAGGAUCCCACUGCCAUUGCUGGAUGGGAGCUGGAGGGGACCCCAGGCCUUUGAAGGGACCUUGAGGUAGCCCAAACACCUUCCCCAGCCUGAUCCUGAGUGGGUGAGCAUGAGGAUGGGGACUGGCAAAGGCCACUCCAUCCCCAAGGUGCUGGCACUAAGAGAAGAGGAGGCGAAACUGAGACAGUCAAGGUCUGUGCUGCCAGUGCAGGAGUAAAGAGAGGAGGGCGACAGCCAAGGUCAGAGGGAGCACUGCCAAAAUUCACAAUGAAACUGCAGGAGUGCUGGAGGGACGAGACAGACGACUUGGAAAGAAAAGGAAAGAGGAGGGAGGGAAGGAGUCUGGGAGAUGGAAUAGGGUGAAGGAGCCAGACAGGGAACCAGGGAUGGGAACAUGUCACUCUGCAGACGAAAUGAUUGAACAUGGAUGAGAGGGACAGCAAAUGGGAGCCUCAGGCAGGCAAAAGAGGACAGCAGGAGCAGGAAUGUGAUGGAGCCAGACAGGCUGUGGACCUGGCUCUGUUCCCUAAUAUAGCCCUGUGCAGUACAGCUCAAUUUUGGGGAGUGCACAGCUGUCUGGUGCCCACUGGCAGUGCUGACCCCUAUCCAGCCUCACUACCGAGGUGAAGUUUAAUUCCUGCCUCCUUAGCAUUCACAGCAUCCCGUGGCAGAGCGAGCGCUCGCAGCCAGCACAGCUCAAGGUGACUCGGAGGUCAGGGAAAAAUCAGCCAGGCAACUCAGGAGUUGGCUCUACAUCACCAAGAGAUCCAGCAAUUUGGGAGGACCAGAGAUGUCCAGCACAUCACAGCCUCCCUGCCUGUCACUGUCAGUCCCUGUGUACCCCAGACACAACAUCCCAGUCCUCCCCGUGGAAUGGGGGUGGGGGGCAGGGUGGUUCUGAUCCACGAAUCCGCUCCUGGGAGCUGUUGCCACCAGCAAGGCACACAGGGAUGGACAUGAGCCUUGGUGCUGGGGAGGACUGGAGCUGCACAGUGGGCAUCAGUGAGAGUGGUCCCCCUCUUGCAGGGCAUGGAGCUCCCAGACAGGUUUGGUGCCCUGGAAGAGCAGUGGAUCCUGCUCUGGGGCUCGUGGGAGGUUCCUCCAAGUCCUUGUUGGGGAUACACCACUCCAAGGAUGGUUUAUAGCAAAAAUCCCUCUCCUUCCCCAAACGUCUGAGCCCCAGCCCAAAGGCAGCUGGAGGGAUGGAGCCCUGCUUGCCACUAUGACCAGAUGCAGAGCAGUACAGGGAUGAGGCUCAGCACUUUCUUGGCGAUAAUUAAGAUCUUGUUAUCUUCAGCUAACACCAGGGAGACAGGGAAAACCUCGGGUGCCUUGUGAUAUGGCAACAGCUGAUGCUCCGGGCUGUGCCUGGGAGCAACGGGAGCCUCGCUUGUUCUGCCUGAAUAUAAAGCAUGGAAAGCACGAAGCAGAGGAUGACAAAUUAUUUUUUUCCUGGCUGGUGACACCUAAGUGUGCAAACAUACUGUCUUCUCUCAGGGGUGGCUGGAGCUGACACCGAUGGAUGGCUGUGCACCUCUUGCUUUCCCCUCCUGCACAGAGGUCCAGUCUGAGGUUCUGGUUUUUUGUUUGGCUUUUUUGUUUUCUUCUGCAAAUUUCCUUCACCAAGGGAGUUUUCUCAGACGUGUCUGGAGCCACGCAGGAGCUGCUCACCUGCAGAGAAAGAGAUGGGGCGGUGUCUGCAAGCGGGCUCUUAGAACGUCAAGCGUGAAAGCGAUUGGGAGGAGAAAGGGAGGGGAAGAAAGGAGAGGAGAGGAGAGGAAGGGAGGAGAGGAAGGAAGGACAGAUGGAUGGGGAGAGUGAGGUUGCUCUCCACUCUCAUGAACCCAAAAUGAGGGGUGCCACAACUUGUUCCCGGGCAUGUGUGGGUACUGCUGGUGAGCCCCAGGAAGGAGGGGGCAUUUACAGCGGCAGGAGGGCUCCGUGGCAGUGCGGAGCUGUGGCGGCCGGGCGCGGAGGUUUCGGCCGGCGCUGCCCGCACCGGCUCCGAGGGCGGGCUCGGUGUGGGGACCCCUCGCGGCGCCUCCUCGCGCUCGGCUGAGGCCUGAGGAGGGUCCGCCCGCCCCGCCGAGCCCCUCAGCGCCGGCGGAUCCCCUCAGAGCCCCUCAGCGGCCGGCUGUGCCCAUCCAUCCCUCAGGAUCCCGCUAAAUCCCACACGUCCCUCCUGGCAUUGCUCAGGCCCCCUGUCCCCUCAGCGACUUGGACACCUCAUCCCUCAGGCCUCCCUGUCCCCUCAGGCACCACUAAAUCCACCCUGACCAUCCCCUAAGGAUCCCGCCAAAUCCCCCCCCACACACACCCACCCUCUGAGGGUCCCGCUAAAUCCGUUCAUUCCCUCAGUGCUCUCAGGGUUCUCCCAUUCCCUCAGCACCCAGCCGGGUGAUCCCAGCCCUUCUGGAUCCCACUAAGUCCUCACAUCCCCUCAAUGUCUGCCUGGGUACCCUGUCCCCUCUGAUCCCAUAAAUCCUCUCAUCCCCUUCAGUGCCUGGUUGUGUCCCCCCAUCCCCUCAGAUCCCACUAAAUUCCCCCUUGCCCAUAGCACCCGACUGGGUCCCCCACCCCCUCAGAUUUCAUUAAAUCCCUAAUCCCUCUUGGUGCCCCAGGACCUAUCUCCUGUUGCAACGGGAAGAGCUCAGGGAAUUUUGUCAGGGUUGCCCUGAGACCUUUGGCCAGGCACCAUGUUCUACGUCCAUUUGCUCAUCAACAAGCGGGGCCCGCUGGCCAAAAUCUGGAUGGCUGCCCACUGGGAGAAGAAGCUCACCAAGGCACAUAUCUUUGAGUGCAAUUUAGAGGCCACCAUACAACAAAUCGUCUCCCCAAAGUUUACUAUAGCUCUGCGAACCUCUGGACACUUACUCCUGGGGGUGGUGCGGAUUUACAAUAGGAAAGCAAAGUACCUCUUGGGAGACUGCAAUGAAGCUCUGACCAAAAUGAAGACAGCCUUUCGUCCAGGGCUUCUUGACCUCCCAGAAGAGAACUUUGAGGCUGCUUAUCAGUCCAUUACAUUACCUGAAGAAUUUCAUGAUUUUGAAGCACCACUACCAGAUGUAAAAGCUAUUGAUGUUGCUGAACAUUUUACCUUGAAUCAGAGCAGAGCUGAAGAAAUCACACUUACAGAGGAUUAUGAAAGCAGUAUACUUCUCUGUGAUAGAAACUUUGAUGAAGAAGCAGAAGCGCUGAGGAGACAGAGCUUCUUUGAGGGCAGUGUCCUGACGAGCAGUAACAGUCUGGUGGCCGAUCCCAACUCAGCCAGCACCAGCCGAGACAAAUCUGUGCUGCACGAAGAUGUUCUGCACCAAGAUGUUUAUUCCUUCCAGGAUGACCAUUUUGGGGAUGAGGAGGAUGCUGCAGAUAUGAUUGAAAUCCUGCUGAGGGAUGAGCAAAAUGUCCUAGAUGAAGACAUUCUUGAUGUGGAGGAAGCACGUCCUUUGUCACAAGAUCUGCCGGAGAACAGCACAGCCAUUGAGUCCAACUGUGCAGACACCACUGUUAAGGAUGUAAAUCACACAAUGGAUGAGACAACUCUUUUGCUCCAGGAAGAAGGAUUUGUGCUUGAGCCAGUUGAUGACACAGCUGUCACCCAGAGGAGCAACAAACAAAGAAAGAGGAAGCUGCUGGUGGAUGUAGAGAAGGAGCUCAGCUGCCACACCAUUUACAAGCAGCUCACCGACUACACAGACCUCCUGGGCACGCUGGACCUCGCUCCCCCAACCAAGAAAAUGAUGAUGUGGAAGGAGUGGGGAGCUGUGGAUAAACUCCUGUCCCAUUCUUCACAGCCUAUGCUUCAUGCUCAGCUGCAAAAGUUGUUUGAAAAAUGCUUCAAGACUGACAAAUGUAAGAUGAGAGCAAAUGGAAUACAGACGAUGUCUGAAAUGAAAGAAAUGGGAAAAGAGCAAGAUACUACAGAGAUGCUGCCAAUAGAAGAGCCAAGUUACCUGCAGGAGCCAGCUCAUUCCGAGACUGGGAGAAAAAUUAGAAAUGAUUCCUUUAUGUUGACAUCACAGAAUGACAGAAAUGAAACCAAUGAGAACUGUGGUGAAAUUAUAGAGGAUGGAGCAGCUUUCUCCGAGAGCUCAAAAAAUUCCCUGGGCCAGGAAGCUGAAGCACAGCAGGUGGAAGUGCCAGAGGAGCAAACAAUGACCAGGAAAGACAAUGAAAAAAUAAGAUGGGGCAAAAGAACUCUUCGGUUACAAAAAACUUUACAGCAACUGAAGAGAUCAGGCGUGUGUUCCUUCAGUUUUCGGGAGCUCUGCCGGAGAAACAACCGCAAAGAAGCUGCAGCCACAUUUUACAUCUUCCUGGUGCUGAGGAAGCAGCAGGUCCUCAAGCUGCAGCAGCUCGAGCCCUUUGCUGACCUCAUAGCCACUGCUGGGCCCAUGUUUGGCAAGAUCAGAUAAACUGAUCAAAAUACAGCUUAGGUUGCACUUUCCAGCAAAUAGUUUUCCUGGAAAAAGGAUGGAAUGUCUUGUCAAGCUGUGGGAGAUGAGCAGAGCUCCCUGUCCUCUACACCACCCAGUAAUGGCUUGUGCAGGGGUCCUGCCCCAGGUGAUCACUGCAGGGCUUAUUAUUAAUAUUUAUAGUUAUAUGAUGAGUUAUAUGAUAGUCAUACAAUAUGUUAAUAAAAUACCACUAAAAUAGAUAUUCUACAUAAGAGAUUUACAUUGUGAAGGAUUUUAUAAAAGUCCUCAAAGGAAUUUUAUGAAAGUCCUUGAAGGGUUUUUAAAAAAGUCCUUCAAAACCUUUCUCAAGAGACUACUUUUGGAGCUUAAAUUAUUUUUGACAAGGCCUGUGUCUGUUAAUUCUCUAAUAUCAUCAGUAAGAGUUAUCUGUUUACUCUCUGUAGCAAAAAAAAAAAAAAAAGACUAUUUAAAAUCGUUCCUGUCAAAGAAUAUUCAAUAUUUCAUAUUUUAAGAUCUAGCAGGGUACUGUAUCCAGCAUUGCUUUUGUGUGUUCAGGCAGACAGAAGUUACACUGGCCUUAGAAGAGUCCAGAAGUUGCAGCAAGAAAUUCUAUUUUCUAUAAAUCCUGCAUUUUCAGAUUUCACAGAGCUUUUUAACUUAUUAACACCUUUAUUCAUGUGUAGAUCUACAUAAAAAUGGAUGUUAACUGAAAUAUUAUCAGUUCUUUGUAUUUUUAUCUAAUUUAGGAUAAAUUUUAUCCCUUUUACUGUCAUUUUCUGAAGCUCUUGGUUUCUGGCUGCCUCCCACCUGGAGGAGGGAUGGUUGUGCCCCACUCAGGUGCUUCUGUGCUGUGGGGACAUCACUGUUCCUUCAUGUGGAAUCAAUAAAAAUCAGAAGAUGUU